AUGGUCGAUUGGGUCGGUUUGUUACUGAGGGCAGUCCACAUUUACUGCUACUUGAUAGGGUUAAGUAACUUUGAGUACGACUGCCGCACGGGACGCGUAUUUACAUCGUGGCGAUGUACUAUUUACGCUCUUAUGGUUAACACCCUUAUUUCGAUUACAAUUGUGUAUUAUUUCACCGUUCAUAGUAAUACCAAUAUAAUUUUUCAAAGCGCAAAUAAGCUGCAUGAAUAUGUUAUCAUCAUAAUGUCCGGCCUGAAGAUCGCGGCGGGGCUCAUUACGUUGCUUAAUAGAUGGCUUCAACGUGACCAAAUGAUGCGCCUAGUGAAAGACGUCAUUCGUCUAUAUAUGAUCAAUCCGCAGUUGAAGAAUUUGAUUCGCUGGGGAAUUCUACAGAAAGCCUUUUUUAGUUUUGCAAUGGAUUUCUUCAAAGUGGCACUCUCCGUGGGUGCAUUGGACCGCCAAGGAACUGCAGAAAUUAUGGGCUUGGUUGUAAAGUUGUGCGUUUCGUUCAUAAUGAAUUUAGCCAUAUCCCAGCACUUUUUAGUAAUGCUAUUAAUUCGAGCACAAUAUCGGAUUAUAAAUGGAAAGCUGCGAAAGGUGAUCGAGGAAAGCAGGAGGUUGAGUUUCCUGCAGCAGCGGAAUGGAGCUUUUAUGACGAGGUGCUGCUAUCUAUCUGAUCAGUUAGAAGAUAUAGGUGAGGUCCAGAGCAAAAUACAAUCAAUGGUCCGUCAACUGGAAGAGGUAUUCGGCAUGCAAGGGCUUGCGGCCUAUAGUGGAUACUACAUAUCGGUUGUGGGUACAUCCUAUAUGUCUUAUAGCGUAUAUAAGUAUGGUCACCAUAAUCUGAAAAUAUCAGUUCAGACCUCGAUUAUCUCCUGCAUUUGGAUUACCUUAUUUUACCUUGAUGCCGUGAUCAAUUGCAACAAUAUGCUUUAUGUGUUGGAACAUCACAAGGAUUUUUUGGGUCUAUUGGAGGAACGAACGGUGUUUGCUUCUACCUUGGACGUUCGCCUGGAGGAAUCCUUUGAAAGCCUUCAGUUGCAGAUAGUUCGAAACCCAUUAAAAAUUAAUGUGAUGGGUAUGUUCCCCAUCACACGUGGCACAAUUGCGGCUAUGUUGGGUUCUAUUAUAUUGAACUCGAUUUUUCUAAUUCAAUUCGACAUGGAAUACUUUUAG